AUGGAGAACUUACCAGCAAAAAGAAGUUAUGAAGAUGAUGGUACUACAUCGAAUUCGAAAGAAAGAAAAAAGCUUAAUACUAGUCGGUACUUAACCUAUGACGUUUUAAGAAUUGUAUUUAAAUAUUUGAAUGGAAUGGAACUAUCGAACGCUUCAAUGGUUUGCAGAUCUUGGUUAGAAGUGGCAAAUGAUGAAAAACGAACAAGGGGGGGUCCUAUUUGUUUUAUAGAAAAUUUAGAAAUGGGUGUGGAAUAUUUUAAUAUUCAAAUUACUGAAAAAUUAAGAAUCAAGCCAACAUUAGGAUUAAUAUUUAAAGCUCCACGUAGAUUAUAUAGUAAACAAGAUUGCCAUUGUAAAAUACUUCCAAAAAAUUGUGAUGCAAUAACACUUGCCACAUUUGGUAUACUUAUCAAUGAUAAAGAAAUGGAAAGUGCUUUAGACAAUAUUGUAUGUGCAUUUUUACCUGAAAUACCAGAUGUAACAAUCACAAUUGUUGCAUUUUCAAAAUAUAAGGUACAACAUUAUAGACGAAUGAAAAAAGCUCUUAGCAGACAUGGAACUAAUGGAUCUAAAUGUCUUUUAUUAUUUUGUAAUCAAAGAGGUCGUGCUUUAGCACAAACAGCUGCAGGAGAAUUACAAUUAUGUAACAAAACAGUUAAACCUUCUGUAUGGGGAGGAGUAGUUAAGGAUUUAUAUGUGUAUAAUUCAAAAAAUCCUACAAGUGAUGAUUAUGUUCGAUUUGCAUUUUGUGUUGGAAUUACUAUAGUUGGAUCAGUAGAUUCAUGGUCUAUAGUUAUGGAUGAAAGUUAUAAAACUAAGGAAUUAGUUGAACAGAGAUUAAAGUUGUUUAAGAGUCAUAUUUCUCUAAAAAAACAUUCCAUGGGUUUUAUGUUUGCGUGUUGUGAACGUGGAGAAAAUAUGUUUAAUGAACGAAAUGUGGAGUCAUCUAUUUUCAAAAAAUUAUUUCCAGACAUACCAUUAGUAGGAUGUUUCGGUGAUGGAGAAUUCGGAGAAACUACAAUACCAACUAAAAGCUUUAAUGAUAAAAAAAAUUUCUGGUACCACGAGAGAUCAACCGUUUUUUUGAUAAUUACAUAUGGUUAAAAUUCAUAAUCUAUAAUAAACAAAAAUCUGAAUCUCUUUAAAAUUAAUUGAGAUAAUAUCUUUGAAUUAAAACGUAUAUGAUAUACGUUAAAUCGCGAACUAUAAUAUACAAAGUCUACAAUUGUGAUUUAAUUGUGAGAAAAAAUGUGUUUUGUAAUGAUUUAUGUUAAUAUAUUUUACGUUCGUAUAAAUUA